UGUUACCUGCAAAAUUCGGGGGAAUAUCUCAUGGCGGGCGAGUCACGUAUCGUCGGUCGCCAACGUCAUGAAUGUGAGGUUCUCGGCGAUGGUAGAGUACGUUACCAAGUCAAGGUGAUUGGAUGCGUUCGUGAUGGUGUACACUACAAUAUCGCCCAGGUAUUCACUGACAAACACGUACGGUACCAAUGCAAGAAUGACGGAUCAUUGGAUGUCCUGGGCUGUGUCGAUGACGGCUUGUUCUUAGAUCUUGGACGAGAUCUGCUUAUGAAUGGCAUGGUCCACAGAUGUUAUCAAGUUGACACCACUACGUUUUAUCACAAGUAA